GUGGGCGUGGAGGCGCAAGUGACGCACGCCUUCUCCAUCGAGGACACGCGCGCGUUCGCUCUACUCUCGGGGGACAGCAACCCGCUGCACGUGGACGCCGAGUUCGCCCGCCAGCACGCGGUCGAGAGCAAGCCCGUCGUCCAGGGCUUGCUAUCUGCCAGCCUCUUUGCCACCAUCUUCGGCCGCACUGUGCCGGGCGCCGUGUACGUCAAGCAGGACCUGCGCUGGAGGGCGCCGCUGCUGGUAGACGAGCAGGUGACGGCCCACAUCCGCGUGGUGCGAGUGCGCAAGCGCUUCGUCGAGUGCGAGACCGUGUGCACGAAAGCGGAGGACGGCGUCGUCGUCGUCGAUGGUCAUGCUACGCUGCUGCUGCCGAACCCGGCCAAUCAGGAGGCGGCGUCAAGCAGCUAG